AAUGUGUUUCUGAUAUCCAGCAGGCGAAUUGCUGAUUUUCUGUCUUCCGGUGGAGAUGAGCGUUGUGGAUUUACACGCAGCAUCUGCAAUUUAGCCAUUUAUUCAGAUAAUAUGAUUUCCGGUGGCUAGCGUUUACCGCUGGCCGUUAGCAAGUUGGAAUCCACGUGUCGCAGGUUGAUCGGUGUCCGAUUUUAAUAGCGAAAGCUGCCGAUAUCUGCGUCGGAGGGCGUUUACCACUUUACAGCGGUCGUGUUGUGGCUGUCUUGAAUCUUGAUUGCAAAUGCAUGUAUAGAAAGCACGGAAUGAUGGCCAUGUGCUGGCGGUGCACAUGUACAAUGUCAUGUAUUCCGCUGUUCUGUUUCCUAUGUUUGCCGUCUCACGAGAGUGGACGGUUGGCAAGUACACCUGAUAAGCCAGCACACUUUGCUUCGCUUUCGCAGUUGUUAAAAUAGACUGCACAGUGCACGGGCAGCACAGCAUGUGCGACGUUGUUAACGUUAGCUAGUCUAGCGCAGGCAGCCAUUCGCUUGAAUAAUUCACUUCUUUCCGCGACUGCACAAUCACUCGCCUCGCUUUACUUUCCACUUCCCAUCAGCGUCCUCUAGUCCUCUAGCUAGAUAUCCAGUUAAUGUUAACGCCGUCGAUUAAUUGACAAUUUCACCCGUCACAACAAUAUCAGGGAGCUGUACAUGUGUUUUAUACGGGAGUGCUCAUGUUCCCACACUGUUUAGCUGCUGGGAACGGCGAUACUCUGAAGUACAUUAAACGGCGUACAGCUGGUGCGAAUCGAGUGCCUGCUUGUUCUGCUUGAUCCUUGGAGUGAGAUCAUUGUUUUCUACAUCAGUUAUAUUGGGAUUUAUAAUAUUGCCGAGGGAUUAACUAAUAAUUGGCAUAUGCGUUAUGCUGGAUGGGUAGCCGCACUAGCCGCAGCUGAUCCGGUGGUGUCUAAUUUGUCGCGGCAUGCGCAGGCGAUGACCGUUGGGCUGGCCAUGGGCUUGGGCCGCCGGCAACGGGAAGGCGAAUUGCAAGGAUUAACAUUACGCUCCACGGGCGAUAAUUGCAUGAGCGGCGGAAUGGUGCUGCACGAGAAGGCGACACCGUGGCAGCGGCCCUCUGCGAGCCACGGGAAAGCGGCACCAGAAGUGCCGGCGGGGACGCCGCCGCAGCCACAGCUGCAGUUGGCGGAGGCGCUGUUCGACAACGAGCCGGAGCAUCCCUGGGAGCUGCGCUUCCGUGCCGGCGACGUGCUGGAGGUGCGCCAACUGCAGCCGGCCGGACUGGAGGGCUGGUGGCUCUGCCGGCACCGUGAACUCCGCGCCGGCGCCGACCGGGACACGGACGGCAGUCCGCAGCAAGGCCUGGCGCCCAACAACCGCCUCAGGCUCCUCCCCCACGCCAAGACACCCGCAUCCUCCGCGACGAAGGGGAGCAAACCAAGCGGCGCGGAUUACGACGUCCCGCGGCCGGCGCUGACGGAGAAGAAGCGCGCCAGUCACGGUAAAGGCAGCAGCGACACCGGCGCCGACUACGACCAGCCGCGGCCGGUAGCCUUUGCGCCCGACAGCCCGCCCUCGCUGCGGCCCCUGCGCACCUCGGCCUUCUACCCGGCUAGCUACAUCCCGCCGGCGCCGUCGACGGCCUCGGCGGGCAGCAGCAGCGGCAGCAGUCGCUACAGCAUCCUGACCUCCUCCGACCUCCCGUCCUCCGCGUCCCCCUCCGACCGCGGCCGCAGCAGCGCCGAGCCGCUGUCCUCGCCCUCGGACUACGCCCCCCUGGCCCACGGCCCCGCCCUCCUCUCCAAAGAGGGCGACUACGACUACGUGGACUACAUCGACGCCGACAGCGCCGAGGUGGAGGUCGAAGAGCACUACGCGCGCCUGCCGCGGCGCCACCCCCCGCGGGCGGUGGCCAGCACGAAGCCGGCGGCGGCCAAGAAGCGCGAGUCCUUCAUCAAGAGCGCGCGGGUGUACGACGUCCUGCCCAAGCAGUUCCGGCCGGUGUCCUUCGUCGAGGACACCGCCGCGCCGCGUCCCACCUCCGAGGUCCACGUGACCCCGGACACGCUCCCGAUCUACGAAGCGCUGAACGUGACGAAGCAGGCGGCCAUCCGGCGCAUCAGCUUCAUGCAGAGCCAAGUUCAAACCGAACUGUCGCGCCUCUUCAGCUUCGUGGCCGCGCCCCAGUGGCGGCAGGUGCGGCAGUUGGCGCAGCGCCUACCGGAAGUCAAAGUGUGCUGCGAGUACUUGAUCACGCACUUGAACGGGCUGAUCCGCUUCGUGCUGCAAGCGCUGCAGACUCUCCUGGCGGCGUCGCGCGCGCAGCCGGGGUUGGAGGAGAAACUGCGCGGACUGAUCGACGCGGUGUACCGCGGGUGCGCCAGCAUCCGGGAGGCGCUGGCCGGGAUGGCCGGCGUGCAGUGGACGGCCGGGGAGACGGCCGUGCACUGUCUGCAGCGCAUCGUCGACGCCGGACAGAUCCUGGCGGAGGAUGUGCGCAAGAUGACGGCCUUCGUGCUGGGCAACGCGCAGCUCAUCUUCUCCGACACGGAGGAGCUCAAACUGCAGCUGCGACCGCUGCCGAGAGUGCCCAGCAAGGGCCUCCUCGAUCAAGAAGAGGCGAGCGUGGUGGCGGACAACGAGUACGAAGACGUGGACUACGGGAACGUGUCCAUGCCGGUAGUCCCGCGGUCGCCCGCCCUGGAGCGGCGCAUCCUCAACUCGUACAUCGCGGAGGUCAACGAGGAGGUGGCGGCCGUCUCCGCGCUCAUCAGCGCCUUCACGGCGCGCAUGUUCGCCGAGCGCACCGUCACCUCGCUGGACACCAUCACCCAGGCCGAGCAGAUCGCCGGCCACGCCGCCAAACUGGCGCGCUUGACGGACUCCUUGAACCGCAACCUGACGUCGGCCGCGACGGAGCCGCUGCGGCGCAAACUGGCCAAGACCGGCAGCUACAUCACCACGGCCUGCAAGCGCUUCCACCUGGAGCUGAAGGGCGCCACCAACGCGCCCGACCAGCGGCACUUCAACAACGUCAAGGCCUCGCUGGACUACUUGAGCGAGUUGUGCCUCUUCCUCAAGAACUCCACCGAAACCGAGGUGUAGCCGUUACACCCUUCCUUCAACGGGAUAUAAUGCAAUUUUGUGAUUAACUGGUCUCUCGUGCCACUGCGAAAAUUAACGGUCUUCCAAAUGUUUUAUAUGCCAAUUUCGAAAUUUGUACCUUUUCACUUAGUGACAUGAUUGUACCAAAUAAUUCUGUAUUCUGCCUUACAAAACAAAGGUCACAGCCUUGGAUAAAACGGUAAAAUUAAAAUCUGCGAU